AUCACAGAGGAGCCCGAAAAGAUUCAUCCAAACAUCCAGAAUGGUUUGUAUGCUGCGGUGUUAUUCACUGCCAACAUCGCGCUGCAGUGCGUCAUAUCUUAUGUAGUGAACAAUGAUAUCAUCUACAUCUGGUAUUUUAAUCGAGAAAAUGCCAUUCAAUGCGCCGGCAUCAACUUUAUCAAGGAUCUUCCCCGGUUCCUUGUGUUACUGCUUGCUAUGCAGCGCAUGGGAGACGAGCAAUGGGGCCAUAAUCUGAAAUUUACCCACGUUCCUGGAGUUUCUUGCGACGUCGUCGUUGGAGAUGUCAACCUCAAAUUGGACCUGAAGUCUGACACACGCAUGACUCACUUCGGUCUGCACGGUCACGCAACUAAUGUCUUUUCUGUCCAAAGCAAGUAUCUUUCGGACAAAAAGAAGAGAGAUGUUUGUGGUAACGAUUCUAAGGAACUGGUCGCCAAGCUCUAUUGGCCAGAAGAGCGACGUCAGAGCGAGGACGAGAUACUUCAAAACGUGUAUAGCAUUGCGAGCAAGGAAUCAACAGUGAAGGGCCACAUCCCGGACAUGGUCUGGUUCCACAAGUUUGACGAGACGUCCACGACCAAAAUCAGGAGGUCGCUAGGAAUUCAAGACGCUGACGCUGAAGGGGGCAGUCGCAUUUUGUAUAUCGUUAUGUUCAGGAAGCUUAUCCCAAUCACGUCGCUGAGUGGAGACGAAUUUCUCAGCACAUGGUGGCAAGUUGCGCUAUGUCAUUACACACUCUGGAAGCACAAUGUCCAUCACCGCGACAUCAGUCCUAACAAUCUUAUGGUCUACGGGCUGAACGGUCAAUGGCUCGGGGUCCUCAAGGACUACGACUUAUCAUUGAUCAAACCCGAUGGGCCCAGCGGGAAGGAGUGCACAGGAACAGUUCCAUUCAUGGCAUUCGACCUGCUCCAGAAAAAGGGCCUCGAAGGCAAAGUCAUGCACAAGUACCGGCACGAUGCUGAAUCCCUCGUCUGGGUCCUUGUCUGGGUCUGUCUUAGGUACCAAGAAGGCAAGCUGAUGAGCAAUGGCAGACUGCUCGAUGACUGGCUAAAAGUGGAUGCUAAUGGAUGCAGGAAGGAAAAAGCAGUAUUUAUGACAUUAGUGCUGCCGUGGUCCGGUUCGGUUUUUUUGCGGUCUGAACUUGAACCGAACCGAAAAUUUUUCUGUAGGGACAGCAAAAAAAAUUGACGAAAUACUAGUCUACACAUUGAGUAACUACUCUAAUAACAUUUGUGCGCACUCCUCUGCCUCUGUAGCUGCUGAAAGAUGUCCAUUACGGUAAGCGGCCUUCAUGAAAAUGAUCAGCCGUGCGAACUCGCUCCCAGGGGACUGGAUUGGGGAGCAGCCGCCGAAAACGCAAAUAAAGGGCAAGU